AUGCAAAACAGACACGUCGUGGGACCCUUUGUUCCCAAGAAGAAGAUCAAGAUCCGGUGGCUAGAGGAAGAUGCUCGAAGGCGAGAAACCUUAAGGAAGAGAAGGAGCGGAAUCAUUAAGAAGGCCGAGGAGCUGCACAUCCUCUGCGAUGUGCAGACAUGCAUCGUCAUCUUCAGCCCUAAUGAUGACCAGCCAGAGGUGUUUCCAAGCAUCAAACAGGCAGUGGAAAUGUGUAGGAGGUUCAAGCAGCUGCCGGAGUUCAACAGGGGUAACCUCAUGCACACCAAUGUGCAGUUCAUUCAGGUAGAAACCAGAUGCGGAAAGGGUAACGGAUAA